AUGAACUCCCAAAUUUGUGUAAACUGUAGCAAUAAAAAGGACGUAAACACAACCAACAACCGGCUAGUGACAGAGAGUUGUGGUCAUGUGAAAUGUAUGGAGUGCCUUCUCCAGGAGAAAUCUGGUUGUAUAGCAUGUCAAAAUGAAAUAAAUGAUGAUAUUAGUAAUGGCUCAGAUUUUGAUGUCAGUAAAACUUUAGCGGUGGAAUACGGCGUUAAUGACGUUAACAUAGAUAAUAACAGAAGUCCAGAAAUUGCUAAAACAGAGAAAAAGAAACCUGAAACCUCUCAUAUCCAGGUUGAAAUAGUUGGUAAAACGAAAACCUAUAAAUGCCUAGUUUGCAAUAAGAAGUUCCAUGCUCGCAGUAUGGUGGCAUACCAUGCUUACUGCAACGGACAGACAAAACCUUAUCAGUGUCCUUUCCCAGAGUGCAAUAAGAGUUUCACUAGCAUGUCGUAUUACCAAUACCACAUGCGGGUGCACAGCGGCGACCGUGCGUUUCCAUGUAACGUGUGCGGGAAGAGUUUCUUUCAGAAGAGUAAGAUGAUGCGUCAUAGUAUGAAACAUUCCAAAGACAAAAAGUACAUCUGCGAAGUGUGCACCAAGGGCUUCAGCAACUCUACAGCACUACGUCGACAUGCGCUGACCCACACCGAAGAGCGUCCGUACUGCUGCACGAUUUGCGGCCAGCGCUUCCGGGACAGCUCCAAUUUUAGGAAACAUGUUAUUAAACAUGAAAACAUGGGCAAGUCUCCAGCCCCUGACAGUACGGUGCGCCGCGAACUGCGCGCGCACAAAUGUGUGUACACGCGGUGUAAACAGGCCUUCUAUUCGCGCAAGGACUUGCGACGUCACAUGCAAGUGCAUACUGACACGAAGCCGUACCGCUGCAAAGCGUGCGAGGUGGAGCGUCGUUUUCGGCGGAAGGACAACCUCGACCGGCACAUCCGCCACUCGCACCCGGGUCUCGCUCCCGCAAUGGCCGCUGUCCGUGAAGAAGCUCCCGUCACCGCCGCAUGCUUUGAGAAUGGUCAUGCAGAAUCGGAGGAUGACCCUAAAAAAUUCACUGAUGAAGUCUCCGAGAAAAAGAAACUUGAGUUUCUCAAUCCAUUGCCUCCAUUACCACUAGAAGUCAUAGAACAGCACAUGGCAACAGAAACCGUAGACGAUAUAACCUCAGACGACACAGUUAUAGAUGCACCAGUAGUAGACAACAACACUGAGAAGCGUGUCAUAGAUACAUCGUACAUUCUCCAAGCAAAUAACGCAAGAGAUAGUGUAAUAGUAGGAACGUGUACGGACAGAAAGACUACAAGUCCUGUGCCAGAAUAUGUACACAAAAUUCGCAGGGCAAAUUCUUUGAUAUGCAAUAAGGAAACAGGGUUACCUCCUAUAGACCCUACGAAAAUUAUUGAACUAGAGACAAAAACUACUCUAAAUCAUUUAGAUAUUGGUGUUCCUUCGCCGAAGAACAUAGAGACUUAUAAAAAUAUUCUCUAUGAUAAGUUGGAGAACAAUGGAGGAGAGGAAGAGAAGGCGCCAGAAAUACAUUGGAGAAGAAAGAUGAAGCUUGGAAUCAACUGAUACUCAACAAACUUAAAGGCUGAUUGGGGUAGCUAGUAUACGGAGUUGAAUUUUGAGCUUAUGAUGGGUUGUAUCUCACUGUUUGCGCGCCAUAGCGUAUGUCAAAUUAAAAGUAAGUAAGCGGUGCUUAUACAUGCAUUGCAGUGAGAUUUUAACAUUUACGAACAAUCAUUAGAAUGGUUUUGUUCUGCACAUAAUUCAAAUAAAAUAUAAUAUAAUGUAUUUGUAAAAUCCUAACAACCCGCAUGACUACAUUAUUCGUUUAUUCCCAGUAGUUCCAAUAUUAUUAACAUCAUAAUUAACAACUUUUAUCCCAUGACUUUUUACAAAACAUUAUAAACUUACCAAAAGAAAACUUGUAAGUUUUUGUUGUACUGUCUGACACUUUAGAUGUAUAUUUGGUAGUAAGAUAGUAAGUUCAAAUGUGCAAUUGUUCUCCCCCAAAAACCCGCACCCGCACCAGCGUUUUACACAGAGUUAUCACCGUUUAGAGCGAUUUGUUUAAAUAUUAUUUUUUAUGAAUGUAAAAUAAUAAUAAUAAUAAUAAAUAUUAGACAACAUCACAUACAUUGCUCUGAUC